GCGGCGUGGGCGGGGCUGCAGGGGGUUGUCCGCCCGCGGGACGCACAGCAGCCGCAGCCGCCUUGCGCCCGGUCCCGCGGUCGCAGCUCCAGCCGCUUUCUCUGCGCCGCCGCUGUCGCUUCAGUCGCUCGCUUCGUGGGUCGGUCCCUCCGGCACACGGGCUCCAGCCGCACCGCAGCCGCCCUCCAAGCCCUUCAGGCCGCCCCAGUCUCCUCCUCCGGCCCGACGCAGCCCGCGAAGAUGGUGGAUCGCGAGCAACUGGUGCAGAAAGCCCGGCUGGCCGAGCAGGCGGAGCGCUACGACGACAUGGCCGCGGCCAUGAAGAACGUGACAGAGCUGAAUGAGCCACUGUCCAAUGAAGAACGAAACCUUCUCUCAGUGGCUUACAAGAAUGUUGUUGGGGCACGCCGUUCUUCCUGGAGGGUCAUUAGUAGCAUUGAGCAGAAGACAUCUGCAGAUGGCAACGAGAAGAAGAUAGAGAUGGUCCGUGCUUACCGCGAGAAAAUAGAGAAGGAGCUGGAAGCAGUGUGUCAGGAUGUGCUGAGCCUGCUGGAUAACUACCUGAUCAAGAAUUGCAGCGAGACCCAGUACGAGAGCAAAGUGUUUUACCUGAAGAUGAAAGGGGACUAUUACCGCUACCUGGCCGAAGUAGCCACUGGAGAGAAACGGGCGACUGUCGUGGAGUCCUCUGAGAAGGCCUAUAGCGAAGCCCAUGAGAUCAGCAAGGAGCACAUGCAGCCCACCCACCCCAUCAGGUUAGGCCUGGCUCUUAACUACUCCGUUUUCUACUACGAGAUCCAGAAUGCCCCGGAGCAAGCAUGCCACUUGGCCAAGACCGCUUUCGAUGACGCCAUCGCUGAGCUCGACACUCUCAACGAGGACUCCUACAAGGACUCUACUCUCAUCAUGCAGCUCCUCCGCGACAACCUAACGCUCUGGACAAGCGAUCAGCAAGACGACGAUGGUGGAGAAGGCAACAAUUAAGGCCCCCAGGUGGACUGGCAGCGCACGCUGAUGCUACUACUGCAGUCUUUAUUUUUUUCCCAUGAGUUGGGGGUCGGGUGGGGGAGGGAAAGGGAGGGAUGACCUUCCCAGGGAGAAACCCACGACCUGUCCUGUCUUUGAUCGCCUCUUUGACAUUUUUGCCAAAAUACCACUAGUGGAAAGUCAGGCUAGCUGUGCUGGAAUUGGAAUAGCAGCCUCACACUGGCGUAUGGACUGUUCUGUAGAUUAAUGCAAGUGGAGCUGUCUGUCUCUAAUUUAACUUAUUGCUAGAUAAUAGGGUUUUAAGAUGAAAAGAAAACUUAAAUGGAAUGGCCCUCAUUCAGUAAGUUCUGUGGUUCCAGUAAGGAUUUUUAUGUACAUAUGCUCGUGUCUUAAGUUCUGAGUACUUUCUAUCUCAUCUGUUUUAGCUGUGCAUUUUUUCCAGGGUGUACUCCACCAGACAUGGAACAGUUUAAAUCCCAAACUGACAGACUUAGAACGUAAGGUAUAUUCACCCUUAUGGUUUAGGCCUUGCCGGUUUCUGAAGUCUCUGAUUAGUCGACAGUAUUAACACUAAAUUGCAGUUUACAGUAUUUCUACAUUACAGCCAUAUGUGACAUCAAGCCAUUGAUGUGUAUUUUUCUUUGCUAGUUAUUUUGGCUUUACAUCCUUAUUCAGCCUUAUCCAGGUUGGUUUUGCUGUCUCUGUCUCCUAGGCUAAAAGACUUGCCUGAGGAGAAUCAAAGCUACUUUAGGUUUUGGUUAAUAGGUGCUUGGCAGGUGGCUGUGGGCUUUUUGUCCUUUUUUCUUCUUAACUUAAAUCCACCACAAAAGUAAUUAACCAUUUUACUAGAAAUGCUAAACUCCACAAAAAUAGAGAAAAUUCAGGUCUGUAUGUCAUUUAUCGUGUUGGUAUUUUCCGAGAAUAUCCUGCUUUCGAAGCUGCCACAGCUCCUUCCUCAGGGAUCACACUGUCGUUCCCGCUUCACUUGGGUCUUUCCCACUGUACCUCGCGCUGGUGGCGAGCAGUCGGGUCGAGAGGCCGCGGAUGGCGGAAGCUGGGUGGUCGUUUUGAGAAGGUUCGUGGUGCAGCGUGUGAAAAUUCAGGUGCUAGAAGCUUACUGGUAGAAAAAUCCAAAAGGAAGAGCUAUAUUCAUAAACAUUCUGUCAAAUUUCAGGAGCCUUGUAAGUAUGUCGGUUUUUCCUCCCUGAAAAUACUACUUUCCCAAGUAAUUAUUGUAGGAAGAUAAACUAAAACCGUUACCGGGUAAUAAAUACUUAGUUCCUACUUGACCAAAACUUCUUCUAUUUUUUUUCUUUUUAAUGAAAGCACAGAAACUGGAGAUUGACUUCUCUCUUGUGCAGUCAGUGCAGAUUUUGGAAUUGACGGAAAUUACAUUGCUGUUUCCACACAUUUGUUUUUAGUUAGUCUUAGGGGUACCUCAUUCUCAUUUUGGAUAAAUCUGUCUAUCUGUAAACAUGACCUGCUACAUGUGUGUUCAGGUUCUUUUUUGGUUUUGUUUUGUUUUUUUAAAUAAAAUCAGUAGCAGUGAGAAAUCCCAAGAUGGUAAUGACCCCAGACUUGUUUUUGUUUGUUCUUUUAUUUAGGCAAGGAGAGGUGUGAGUAAUAAUGGAGGAAAAACUGACAGAUCCUUUUGCUAACACCAAAAUUGAGCUGACAAUUAUGAACUGAGUAUGUGUAACAGGAUACAGGUGACAGUGAAGAUAGAAGACUGGUGAUGACCAUAGACUCAGUAUGCUCUGUAACAUUGCACAGUUUACCCAGCAUGACUUUCCUUAGAAGGCCCCCUCCUGAUGCUAGAGCGGAAGUCCUAACUAACUGAAGCCUACCGGAAGAGCUAAUUGAAGAAAGCUUUGCCGAUUUGGGGAGGGGGGCGGGUAGGUGGGGCUUUCCCUAACUUAUCUUCAUGUCCAGUGAGCAGUGUUGUGUCCUUCCUUGUAGCAUUUGGAAAUGAUUUACUGGAAUUACAAAACCUAUUUUUCCUUUAAAUUUCAGCUUUGGCUCUGGCUGCUUUUUAGAAUAAUGCAAGAUCAAAUCAUACCUGAGGGCUAAAAAUGACGAGGGAAUGGGAGACUUGAUAUUUAAGCAGCUUGAAUGGUUUCUUUUCUUUUCUUUAUUUUAAAAGAAAUGCACUUGCCUAUGAUACUGUCUCUCCAGUGAAAUGAUUACGCCUCCAUUACUCCACUGAUACAAUAUUGUGCAUGCUAGUGUUGUAUUUCUAUACAGUAGCUUGAAAUUUAUUAACUUAUACUGUAGGUGUUAUGUAUUCCUAUGACAAAAAAAAAUUAAGUCUUCAAAUUUUUUAAAGUUUUUUUUUUUAAUUUAAUUUUUCCUUUUGGGGGUAAAGUUUGCUCUACCAAAUAGUGAUUGUAACAAAUUGAUUUGUUUUGGAUGUUGCUAUAGUGACAUGCAGUUAUAUAUUUUGUUUUUAAAAGGGGGGGAGCAAAAGAAACACCAGUGUUAGCUUAAUCUUAAUGUCUGGUGUUUGUCAUGGUGAAAUUAUAACUAUUACAGUGUAGGAGAACAACGAAUAUGUUCUCUGAAUGAGCCUUUGUGCUUUUUGUCAUGUUAUGCAGUGAACUAUUUUUAAGGUCUAAUCAGUGAUUAUUUUUCCAACUCCGUGUUUCUCUAAGGAAUUAUUUCACACACGGACCAUUCUUAGCAGUUUUCCUCAGUGAUGGAAUAUCAUGAAUGUGAGUCAUUAUGUAGCUGUCGUACAUUGAGCAAAUAAACUUACAGAUCUGA